CCUCCGACUUUGGCCUGCCAAAGUGCUGUGGUAACAGGCAUGAGCCACUAUGCCCAGCCUAAAUGUAUUAUUUCUAUCUUUUGCAUGUUUUUCCCUCAGGAAGAUGUAUUGUUACUAGGCCGUGAAACUGGCUGGUGACCUCACAGAAGAAUACAAAUAUUUUGAGUUCAAAUGUAAGCUUCGCCACUUACUAGUUCCAUGACUUCAGGCAAAUCAUUCUGUGAGCAUAAUCUUUUAAAAUGGGAAAUAGGCCUUUCUUGCAGGAUUGCUGUGGAGAUUGACAAUAAUAAAUGUGUAACACCAGCAAUACAGUGCAUACCCAAUAAAUGAUAGUUCUAAAAUGGGGUUUGGGAUUAUCUGGUACUUUAGAUGUUUUAAUGUCAGUGGUGGUUGUUUCCCUAUUCCUCCCCAUUGUUUCUCUCUGUUACCACCUGCGCCACCCCAUUUGUAUGGUUCCUCUUUUGUAUUGUGGGUAAUUUGGUUAAAAGUUUACUAAUUUAGCUUACUUUUAUUUUGAUAGGUAACACAUACAAAUGGUCCAAAAGCAAAAUUGCAAUAGACUAAAACCAUGAAAAGUAGUCUCUCAAGUCUCCCCAGAUCAGCCAUAGUUACUAGUCUUUUGGUGUUUUCCUCGUGCUUAUGAUUUAACAAAUGUAUACAAAUAGUUCUAACCUCUCUUCUCCCCAAAAGUGACCUAAUUUAAACUCCAUUCACUACCUUGCUUUUACCUUUUUUUAAUGACGUUAGCACGCAGAUUUUAAAAGUGGGCAGCUCAGUCACAAAGUGAGCACAUACAUAGCUACUACCCAGGUAAGGAAAUCAGAUACCACUAGCACUAGCUAAGACACUAGCAAAGUCUGUGUCCUCAGUCAUUCCCCCUCCCUUGAGAAAACCACAUCCUGAUUUCUAACACCAUCAAUUUGUUUUGCCUGCUUUGAAGUUGGCAUAAAUGGCAUAUGUAUUCUGCUGUCUAGCUUCUGUCAGUAUUUUGAGGCUCAUCCAUGUUACAGUGUAUGGCUAGUUCAUACUUUUCAGCUUUGUAUAGAUUUUCUACCUUACUCCUCACUCUUCAUAUCUUUCAGAUGUUUCUGUAUCAUUACAUGAACUAGAGUUUUCUGUCUACUUUUUAAUAGUGCAGAGUGUUAGUUCUUAGUACUGUGUUUAACAUGGCCUCCUCUUUUACUAAUUUGUAAUUAGUGUUACUCUGCUAACAUUUUCCUUUAUUUCAACAUAGUUUUUCGUAAUUGAUAACAACUGUUUAAUUUUAUUUGUCAUAAUUUAUUAAAAUACUUUCCUUAGAGGAAUUUAUGGAGUAAUCACAAAUAUGAAGUAAUACUUACCCCUGCGUUUUCCCAGUGAGAAGAUUCAAGACAUGUUCUGGUUAAGCUGACUAGAUAAAUUUGGAGGGGAAUAGGGAUUAUUUUAUCAGUUUUCCUGUAGAUAUCAUCAUCUAAGUUGAGAGUUAACCUUCUGAAUUGUAUUUGCUAACAUGAUAAACUUUACCCCAAACCACAAAUAACUAUUUACAUACUAUAAGAACAGUUGAUUUUUGUCUUUUAUGUGCAUCUGAUGUCCAUAACCUGACCAUUUAUUGUAUUAUUUCAAACGAUUUUUAAAAGUGCCUUAUUUGCAGUGCUACCAAGCAUUUAUGAUUGGGAGGUCAUACCCCCUGAAAUAAUGAUCAAAUAUUUGUUGUUUUUACAGCUGAUUCUGUCAGAUCAUUUAUGAUUAAUGUGUAAAAAAAAGAUGGACGUGUCUUCUGCAAACUGCUUUGUUGUUCAAAAUAAGAUAAAUUGAGCUAAUUAUUAAUAUCACAGAUAAAUUUACAAGUAGCUUUUGAAACAAUUCCUUGAAUGAUAAAAAAUUCAGUAACUCAAUUCUGGACUAAAGGAAAUCAUCAAGUCUUAAGUUCAGCAGAGCCACUUCUACCAUCCCUCAUUUCUAUACUUACUGGGUUCAGUGUACUAUUUAAAUCUGUUACUAAAGUAGUUAACAAGUAGAAAAAUACAGAGAGAAAUUGUUCUCUGACUAGACAAAUAAGUGGCAAAGAGCACAAACUGGAUGGUAAUGUAAAUGCUGCAGGUUAUUAUGGUAGCUAGUCAUUACAACACUAAUCAGCAUUUAAAAAAAUCUUGGUGGACUACAUAUUAAGAGAAGAAACUAAUUAUUUUCUAUUUAUGUUUUGAAAGCCUUCCACAGUAAAAUAAGAAUUCCAGUGGAAACUACUUGCCAGUUACUAGCUAGAAUUUAAAGUAACCUAACUGGGAUGUUUACCUUGAAAAUCUAGCUCACACGUGUUAUAAUCUUUGGAUGCUCUUCCAAGAGUCACAUGUCCAAACCAUCCAGAUGCAAUUUUAGUGGAGGACUACAGAGCCGGUGAUAUGAUCUGUCCUGAAUGUGGCUUGGUUGUAGGUGACCGGGUUAUCGAUGUGGGAUCUGAAUGGCGAACUUUCAGCAAUGACAAAGCAACAAAAGAUCCAUCUCGAGUUGGAGAUUCUCAGAAUCCUCUUCUGAGUGAUGGAGAUUUGUCUACCAUGAUUGGCAAGGGUACAGGAGCUGCAAGUUUUGAUGAAUUUGGCAAUUCUAAGUACCAGAAUCGGAGAACAAUGAGCAGUUCUGAUCGGGCAAUGAUGAACGCAUUCAAAGAAAUCACUACCAUGGCAGAUAGAAUCAAUCUACCUCGAAAUAUAGUUGAUCGAACGAAUAAUUUAUUCAAGCAAGUAUAUGAACAGAAGAGCCUGAAGGGAAGAGCUAAUGAUGCUAUAGCUUCUGCUUGUCUCUAUAUUGCCUGUAGACAAGAAGGGGUUCCUAGGACAUUUAAAGAAAUAUGUGCCGUAUCACGAAUUUCUAAGAAAGAAAUUGGUCGAUGUUUUAAACUUAUUUUGAAAGCACUAGAAACCAGUGUGGAUUUGAUUACAACUGGGGACUUCAUGUCCAGAUUUUGUUCCAAUCUUUGUCUUCCUAAACAAGUGCAGAUGGCAGCUACCCAUAUAGCCCGUAAAGCUGUGGAAUUGGACUUGGUUCCUGGGAGGAGCCCCAUCUCUGUGGCAGCGGCAGCUAUUUACAUGGCCUCACAGGCAUCAGCUGAAAAGAGGACCCAAAAAGAAAUUGGCGAUAUUGCUGGUGUUGCUGAUGUUACAAUCAGACAGUCCUAUAGACUUAUCUAUCCGCGAGCCCCGGAUCUGUUUCCUACAGACUUCAAAUUUGACACCCCAGUGGACAAACUACCACAGCUAUAAAUUGAGGCAGCUAACGUCAAAUUCUUGAAUACAGAACUUUGCCUGUUGUAUACAUAGCCUAUACAAAAUGCUGGGUUGAGCCUUUCAUGAGGAAAAACAAAAGACAUGGUACGCAUUCCAGGGCUGAAUACUAUUGCUUGGCAUUCUGUAUGUAUAUAUACUAGUGAAACAUAUUUAAUGAUUUAAAUUUCUUAUCAAAUUUCUUUUGUAGCAAUCUAGGAAACUGUAUUUUGGAAGAUAUUUGAAAUUGUGUAAUUCUUGAAUAAAACAUUUUUCAAAACU